GGUAGUAGAGUCACCCACAGAAAAUUGAGGUACAGAAGAAGAAGAAGAAGUUGAAGCGUUAUGGUCACGUGACAAGUGUUAAACCCGGAAUAAACACAUUUUAGUCCAAACAACCGGAGACGAAGCCUCUUCAGGGUCGAUAAAUACUCUGUCCGUGGCUGGCAGGCAUCAUAUUUGGGUCGAGAUGGAUGAGACACUUUUUCAGCUAAAGUUUACUUCCAAGCAACUUGAGAGAUUGGCCAAGAAGGCAGAGAAGGAGUCUGAAAAAGAGCAGGCAAAGGUUAAAAAGGCUUUGCAACAGAAAAAUGUAGACGUUGCCAGAGUCUAUGCAGAGAAUGCAAUCCGCAAAAAGAACGAAGGUCUCAAUUGGCUGCGCAUGGCGUCCCGAGUCGAUGCAGUGGCCUCGAAAGUCCAGACUGCUGUCACCAUGAAGGGAGUGACUAAAAGCAUGGGUCAGGUGACCAAGGCUCUGGACAAAGCUCUAGGAUCCAUGGAUCUCCAGAAGGUCUCUGCAGUCAUGGAUAAGUUUGAAAGCCAAGUUCAGAAUCUUGAUGUCCAUACCUCUGUGAUGGAGGACUCGAUGAGCUCAGCAAUGACUCUGACCACACCUCAGGAGCAGGUGGAUGACCUGAUCCACCAAAUAGCAGAAGAGAGCGGUCUAGAGGUGAUGGACCAACUCAACCAGCUUCCUGCUGGGGCUACCUCACUGGGUGGAGAGACCUCACGGAGCCAGGAGAAGGAGGACCAGCUGUCUCGACGGCUGGCAGCUCUGCGAAACUAACCUCGGCCGCAGAGGAGACGACAGACUGACAGCUGCAUGGAAGCAAAUGAGUUUGUAAGCUUGGCUGCGACAGGAACUAUUUGUGUUUCCACUGAACUGUUCCUACUGGAAGGACUUAAUGAGUCUAUUGAUUUCCUACUCCCUCUGGCCUAUAAAUAAAUACACACAGCAGCUAGAAAUAGCCUCUGAGAGGGCUCCAGCCCCUCUCGACUUCAUCCUCCUGUUUCGAUUGUUCUCAAACUCACUUUCUCCUUUUUUCCCCUCUCCAAUGGUUUUUGGGUGUAAACUUUGUACAAAAAACCCCACAUUUUACAGAAAACCCAUAUUGAAAAGUUUUAUUGAUACUGUUUAUACGGUAGUGGCAUUUCUGGCUCACACGUGAUUUCUGCAUGUUUGCUUUUAUGUUUUCUGGAUCUCUGUUUUAAGUCUAAAGCUAAAUUGGACGAGUUUUGAAUGAAGAAAACAAAAUUAACAGAAAAAGGGGAUUUGGUAACACUAACACUUCCUCGUCACAUUUAUCCGAAUCUUAUGAAGUCUGUAAGCAAGAAAUGACAAUCCAUACAAUAGUGUUUGCUUCUUUUGUUGUUGUUUUGUUUGUUUUAUACCUUGUUUUUCUUGCUUCUACUCAUACUUUAUACUUUGAACGCCUUAUUUGGGAUGCAGGUGCUUGCAUUACGCUUCAUCCACCAGUGCCUACAGGAUUAGUUUAGUUUCUUUAAGUCAAACCUGCCUAGCUUUUGUCCCGUUCUGCCAACUUCCUGUCGAAUGAGCUAAGGCUUCAUUUGCCUUUAGUUGUCACAAGAGGACAUUUUAUUCGUUUUAGACCUUGUGUGGUUACGGGUGAUCGAUUUAAGCCUCAUUCAGACAUUUUUGGACACUUUCCUGUCUUAAAUGCCAGCCGUCGUCCCCAGAAGUCCUAUCAUAGCAGGGAUUUCCUGCACAUGCCAGGUUCUGGCUGAAGUGGUCUAAUCCUGGAGCUGUAGGUGAGUUGAUGGUGUGCAUGAAAGCAGACAGUUAGAUCAGCGAAUAGAUGUGUUUGAAUUAACAUUCGACUGCUUUAUUUUCGUCUCUGAAAGCGGAAAGCUAAAAGUUGAGCCGUUCGAUAACGGUUUGAUGGGUUUCGGCGUUUCCGUUUGACUCUAGACGAUAAUUAGAUAAAAGACGGCAGGAAAAAGCUAAAUCUCCACCUCUGAUGAAGCAGCUUCAGUCUAUAAAUUAAGAUUUCAGCUAUUCAUCCAUUUUAAUACACUGAGAGGUUUAUUUUUAUUCUUUGUCUGCCAAAUUUUCAGCACUUUUGUUUUGUAUAUUUAUCUUGAUAAAAUAAAAUUUUGCCCCAUCUGA